AUGUCCGACCAUCCUAAGAUUUCAUCGAAGACAGUCUCGGACUUAACCACCUCCCCUAACGAUUUGGAGCACAUUAUCAACUACCUCCGCCGUACCAGACCCUCCGACCUCAACCUCAUCCAUGCCGUAGAAGAGGGUGUCCGCCACGAAGCCUUGCUAGGGAGAGCACUAGGCCCUCUAUUGCCCGACAUUGCUCUUCAAGCUCCAUCCUUCUGCUCUCCCAUAUUCGCUAUUCAUCAAAGCAACAAGAUCCGUUUGAUAUCCAACUACGCAUUCCGCUCGCACGGUGUUCGACUGAACGACACCGCGGAAGUUUAUCAUAAGGUUUCUAUGCCACGGCUCUCUCACAUUGCUCUCGUCGCCCAGGCAUUGGGCUCCGGUACCAAACAUCUCUAA